AGGGGGCUGGAUUGGGGGGCGGGGAGCACGCCCGGCUCGGAGUGGAAGUCUCGCCGCCCCUGUGCACCCUUGCUCCCCACCACGCCAGCUUCCCUGCCCUCCUGCCCGCCGCCCUGCUCGGCGCGGCGCCUCACGAGCCCUUCUGAGCCCCAACUUUGCAGAGGAUGGAAGGAGAUGGAAUUCCGGGAAGCUGCAGAGAGGCGUUUGUAACGCAAUGAAUGGGGAGUAGUUCUUUGAGCCCCUCUCAUUCACCUCUUCUUUGCUGUGGGCUGCCUGCCUGCUUCCCUCCCCACCCCCAACCUGGAUGCUGGAAAAGGCGCGAGUGCUUCUCUUCCUCUUCUGUCCGAGACCGGGCUCCUCGGUCCGAUGUCCUCUGGCCACACACCCACACCUCCCCGCACACUCGCUGUCGUCUUGAUGCUCUUGCAGCCACCGGCUCCUCUGGGUAGUUCUUGUCGGAACCCCAUGUCACAGACAAAGGCUUAGGAGGGAAAAGCACCCAACUGCUUCCUGUGUCUGCCCUGAUGCUGUCCCUGUCCACACACCCGGUCCCAUCCCUGAAGCUUCUUGUGCCCGUGUCUUGAGCCUUCGAGAUGGAAAAAACAGAAACUCUUGGGUUGCCGGAUACAGUUUCUUUAUAAAUCUGCAUUGUUGCUUCUGGUUUAUGGCCAUGAAGAAAAUACCAGCCCCCACCCAAAAUGCACCGCAGCCAAGUCGGCUAAAGGCGAUGAGUGUUGGAGUCAGUAGGGGGCGCAUUCUCUGCACUGGGUAAGGCUGCAGAGGGGGGAAGGGCCCCCGAGCUAGGACAGGAUGUGCUUCACAGCGCCUUCUACAGACCAUGGGAAAAUGGGCCCAGCAGGGCGCACACACUCGCACUCCGGGUUGGGGAGCCGACAGCAACAUGGCGAGGAACCCAGGGAGUCAACUGCAGGGAUUUGUAUUUCUUUCGAAGAAUCUACUACUCUGCAUUUUAGGAGUUUGCUCUUUUUCCUUUGACCAAACUGUUGACCCUCAGACCGUCCACACUUGUCCAUGAUGAAUCACCUUGGCCCAUCUUUAGUUGACAGAUUUCCUUCUCUGGAAUUCUGGGAUUCUUCCACCUUAAGCUUUGGAUGUGUCAACAUUUCUUUCCAAGGUCAGGUGGCAAAGGGGAUGGUUUCAGAACCUGAGAGUGAUGGGUUUGGGGCAUUGGUGACUAAACUCCCUUCUUCAUAGUUCAACUCUUUCCAAGUCUUGGAGAGGUAAAGCUCAUUCUUGAGGGAUGUUAGGGCUUUGCGGGGUAGUGAAAUGUGUAAGUGUGUAGAUGGGUGUCAUGAUUCGCAAAGCCUUGUGGAAAACAUCAAGCCUGGGUUGGGUUCUUCAUUGCCCAACUCAACAGACUUGAGUGUGAAAUUGUAUUCCCUUCCGCUCACUAUCUCAGUAGCCAACCACCUUUGCAAAGUGUUGACACCGGUCUUCGGUGAGCACCCACCUUCUUAGGGUGUGUUGAUUUCUAUAGAUUUUACUCCUCUUGUUAUUUCCAUAGGUGUGAGAUGCACAGUGCGAAACCUAGGCCCCAGCUUUUGCACCAUGAUGCGCAGGGUUGUACUUUUUGUACUGCACUGAUAGGUGGCCUAGUGGUUAUGCCCUGUACUGCCAUUUUGAGGAUCUGGACUGCGUUUCCUGCCUUGCUCUUUGGACCACAUUGUCAAUUCACACCGAAACUAUGUUCCAACUUCCUGUCAACAAUCUUGGCAGUUUAAGAAAAGCCCGGAAAACUGUGAAAAAAAUACUUAGUGACAUUGGGUUGGAAUACUGUAAAGAACAUAUAGAAGAUUUUAAACAGUUUGAACCUAAUGAUUUUUAUUUGAAAAACACUACAUGGGAGGAUGUAGGACUGUGGGACCCUUCGCUUACAAAAAACCAGGACUAUCGGACAAAACCCUUCUGCUGCAGUGCUUGCCCGUUUUCCUCAAAAUUCUUCUCUGCCUACAAAAGUCACUUCCGGAAUGUCCAUAGCGAAGACUUCGAAAAUAGGAUUCUCCUCAAUUGCCCCUACUGUACCUUCAAUGCCGACAAAAAGACUUUGGAAACACACAUUAAAAUAUUUCAUGCUCCCAACGCCAGCGCACCAAGUAGCAGCCUCAGCACUUUCAAAGAUAAAAACAAAAACGAUGGCCUUAAACCCAAGCAGGCUGACAGUGUAGAGCAGGCUGUCUAUUACUGCAAGAAGUGCACUUACCGAGACCCUCUGUACGAGGUCGUCAGGAAGCACAUAUACCGGGAACAUUUUCAGCACGUGGCAGCGCCCUACAUAGCCAAGGCCGGAGAAAAGUCGCUCAACGGCGCAGUGCCCCUCGGCGCGAGUGCCCGCGAGGAGUGCAGUAUCCACUGCAAGCGAUGCCUUUUCAUGCCCAAGUCCUACGAGGCUUUGGUGCAGCAUGUCAUCGAAGACCACGAGCGGAUAGGCUAUCAGGUCACUGCCAUGAUCGGACACACAAAUGUGGUGGUUCCCCGAGCUAAGCCCUUGAUGCUGAUCGCCCCCAAGCCUCAGGAGAAGAAGGGCAUGGGACUCCCCCCAAGAAUUGGUUCCCUUGCUUCUGGAAACGUCCGGUCUUUACCAUCCCAGCAGAUGGUGAAUCGACUCUCAAUACCAAAGCCUAAUUUAAAUUCUACAGGAGUCAACAUGCUGUCGAACGUUCACCUGCAGCAGAACAACUAUGGGGUCAAGUCUGUAGGCCAGGGCUACGGCGUGGGUCAGUCGAUGAGGCUGGGUCUCAGUGGCAACGCGCCAGUGUCCGUCCCUCAGCAGUCCCAGUCUGUGAAGCAGUUACUCCCGAGUGGCAAUGGCAGAUCUUACGGGCUCGGGUCGGAGCAGAGGUCCCAGGCCCCAGCACGCUACUCCCUGCAGCCCCCUAACGCCGCCGCCUCGCUCUCGUCGGGCCAGUUGAAGUCUCCCUCCCUCUCCCAGUCACAGGCCUCCCGAGUGUUAGGCCAGUCCAGCUCCAAGCCCACUGCAGCUGCCACAGGCCCUCCCCCAGCCAACACGUCCUCAACUCAGAAGUGGAAAAUCUGUACGAUCUGCAAUGAGCUCUUUCCUGAAAACGUCUACAGCGUGCACUUCGAGAAAGAACACAAAGCCGAGAAGGUCCCCGCAGUGGCCAACUACAUUAUGAAAAUACACAACUUCACUAGCAAAUGCCUCUACUGUAACCGCUAUUUGCCCACAGACACCUUGCUCAACCACAUGCUCAUUCAUGGUCUGUCCUGCCCCUACUGCCGCUCGACUUUCAACGACGUGGAGAAGAUGGCGGCGCACAUGCGGAUGGUUCACAUCGAUGAGGAGAUGGGGCCCAAGACGGAUUCUACCUUGAGCUUUGAUCUGACCUUACAGCAGGGCAGCCACACUAACAUCCACCUCCUGGUGACCACGUACAACCUGAGGGACGCCCCCGCCGAGUCUGUCGCUUACCACGCCCAAAAUAAUCCUCCAGUUCCUCCAAAGCCGCAGCCAAAAGUCCAGGAGAAGGCAGACAUCCCUGUCAAAAGUUCGCCUCAAGCGGCAGUGCCCUACAAGAAGGAUGUCGGGAAAACCCUUUGCCCUCUCUGCUUCUCCAUCCUGAAAGGGCCCAUAUCUGACGCACUGGCACAUCACUUGCGGGAGAGGCACCAGGUCAUCCAGACGGUCCAUCCGGUGGAAAAGAAGCUCACCUACAAGUGCAUCCAUUGCCUGGGUGUGUACACCAGCAACAUGACGGCCUCCACCAUCACUCUGCAUCUGGUUCACUGCAGGGGCGUCGGGAAGACCCAGAACGGCCAGGACAAGGCCAACGCACCCUCCCGGCUGAAUCAGUCUCCCGGGCUGGCGCCCGUGAAGCGCACCUACGAGCAGAUGGAGUUUCCCUUGCUGAAAAAGCGGAAGUUGGAGGAGGACAGCGAUUCGCCCAGCUUCUUUGAGGAGAAGCCAGAGGAGCCUGUUGUCUUAGCUUUAGACCCCAAGGGUCACGAAGAUGAUUCCUACGAAGCCAGGAAGAGUUUCCUAACGAAGUAUUUCAAUAAGCAGCCCUACCCCACCCGGCGGGAGAUCGAAAAGCUGGCGGCCAGUCUAUGGCUGUGGAAAAGCGACAUUGCCUCCCAUUUUAGUAACAAAAGGAAGAAGUGUGUCCGUGAUUGUGAAAAAUACAAGCCUGGUGUGCUGCUGGGCUUCAACAUGAAAGAAUUAAACAAAGUCAAACACGAGAUGGACUUUGACGCCGAGUGGCUGUUUGAGAACCAUGAUGAGAAGGAUUCCCGAGUCGGUGCCAGCAAGACAGCCGAGAAGAAGCCCCGCCCCGGCAAGGACGCCGACAGCUCCUCCGACAGCCUUGAGAACCUGGAGGAGGAGUCCGACGGCAGCGGCAGCCCUUUCGACCCCGUGUUUGAAGUUGAGCCUAAAAUCCCCCACGAUAACCCAGAGGAGCAUGGACCGAAGGGGAUGCCGGAGGACGCUUUAGGAGCGGAGGGCAAGCUGGACCAAAAAGAGCAGGGGGACUCCAAGUACGCAGCUCUUCACGGGCCUGAGGCCCCGGCCAGACUCCCGCCCGAGGCUUCCGACAGUGAGCUGGAGCAAGACGACGUCGUGGAGUGGAAAGACGGAGCGUCUCCGUGCGAGAGUGGGCCUGGCUCCCAGCAGGGCUCGGACUCGGAGGACAACACGUGCGAAGGGAAGCCGGGAACCUGGUCUGACGAGUCUUCCCAAAGUGAAGAUGCGAGGAGCAGUAAGCCAGCUGCCAAAAAAAAGGCUCCCGUGCACGGCGACAGAGAGCAGUUGAAAUGGAAGAAUAGUUCCUAUGGAAAAGUGGAAGGAUUUUGGUCCAAGGACCAGUCACAGUGGAAGAGCACGGCUGAGAACGACGAGCGCUUAUCCAGCCCCCAGAUCGAGUGGCAGAACAGCACGAUUGACAGUGAGGAUGGGGAACAGUUUGACAACAUGGCUGACGGAGUAGCCGAGGCCAUGCACGGCGGCCUGGCUGGCGUGGAGCUGAGCAGCCAGCAGGCCUGAGCGCCGGGCUCCCCGGCGUCACGGACGUGCCGCGGCCGCAACUCCGCGCUCCUCAGUACCGGUGCAAGGCUGCCACGUGAGUACUGGCCAGCAGGCAGUGGGGACGUGUGGCCGCUGCGGUCUCAGUGGCUGUGUCUACGUCUGACACGUGAGCAGCUGAGGAUUGCUCCGGAACCUUCUCUGACAGACACAGUAACUAAAUGUGAAAACCGGGAAGCUGGUGGCUCGCGCUGCACAGGAGGGAAAGCAGAGGUUGGUCCUGCUGCCUCCUCACGGUUCCCUCCCGCGUUGAAUGGUUGGGUGUCCUUGAGAGGCAGCUCCCUGCCCACGUGGUAGUGCAGGGCCAGGGAGGCGCCGCCAGUCCAGUGUGUACAGCAGACUUGGGGAAGUCCGCUCUUUUUCAUGUAUUCAUUCUGAAUAGUUGCAAUGUAUAUUUGUACAGUCUUUUAGACCCACUCAAGUGAUGCAUAUGAUAUUGUUACUGUGUGCCCAUCAUAGCUUUGUUUUGUUUCUGUUUCUGUUUUUGUUUUUUUUUAGUGCUGCCCUUGCUGUGUAAUAAACGCUGUAUCUAGUUUCUCUAGCAAAAGCUUGAACCUGCGCUAGUAUGGACUUUGGACAGACUUAGUUUUUUGCACAUAACCUUGUACAAUCUUGCAACAGAGGCCAGCCACGUAAGAUAUAUAUCUGGACUCUCUUGUAUUAUAGGAUUUUUCUUGUUCUAAAUAUCCUUGACAUUACAGCUGGUAUUUCAGAUCUGUUUUCUGAAAUCUUUUAAGCUAAAAUCACAUGGAAGCAUUGACUUCAGCGACUAAUUUGGACACCUUUCAGAUCUGUAUAAAAGUGUGUUGUGUUGAAGCAGCAAACCGACGAGAGCUGCAUUUUGGAUAUUUAGUUUUAUCUUUAGUUAAACACCACUCUGGUGUAUUCAUUUAUGCCAUCUAAUAUAUGACACACUGUUGUAGUAUGUAUAAUUUUGUGAUCUUUAUUUCCCUUUGUAUUCAUUUUAAGCAUCUAAAUAAAUUGCUGUAUUGUGCUUAAUGUAAA